UUCUAGAGAGUCCUCCCAUAGCCCAGGGAACGUUGAAUCUGAGGGCCCUCUGAUGGCGUCACAAACCCGCGCCUGAUCCUGGCUACGGCCGAAGCGGCGAAGGCGGCAGCGGCGGCGACAGCUCUGGGGUUCGCGUCUCGGGGUGUGUCGGCCGCCGCUGCUGCUCAGGCCUGGAAUGUACAGAUGGCUGACUAAGGUUCUCGGCACCAUUCUUCGCUUGUGUGAGCGGCCCGCGCCCGGGGCCCGCGCCCUGCUCAAGAGGCGGCGCUCCAGCAGCUCUCUGUUUUCUACUGCAGUGGACACUGAUGAAAUCCCAGCUAAAAGACCAAGACUAGAUUGCUUCAUUCACCAAGUGAAGAACAGUCUCUACAAUGCGGCCAGCUUAUUUGGAUUCCCAUUCCAGCUGACCACCAAACCCAUGGUGUCUUCUGCUUGUAAUGGAACACGGAAUGUGGCCCCUUCAGGAGAGGUGUUCUCGAACUCUCCCUCCUGUGAACUGACGACUUCUGGAUCCUGCAGCAGCAUGCUGAAGCUGGGUAAUAAAUCUCCUAAUGGAAUAAGUGACUAUCCAAAGAUCAGAGUGACAGUGGCCCGAGAUCAGCCACGGAGAGUCCUGCCUUCCUUUGGUUUUACAUUGAAAUCAGAAGGCUAUAAUAGAAGACCAAGUGGCCGUCGCCAUAGCAAAAGCAAUCCAGAGAGUUCCUUACCGUGGAAACCUCAGGAGCAAGGUGUAACAGAGAUGAUUUCUGAAGAGGGUGGCAAGGGUGCGAGGCGUCCCCAUUGCACCGUGGAGGAGGGUGUCCAAAAGGACGAAAGAGAAAAAUACCUAAAGUUAUUGGAGCGUCUUAAAGAGGGUGCUCACGGAAGCACUUUUCCUCCUGCAGUUUCACAUCAUAGUUCUCAGAGAACGCAGAUGGACACAUUAAAGACCAAAGGCUGGAUGGAAGAACAGAAUCAUGGAGUCAGAACAACCCAUUUGGUUCCCAAACAGUAUAGAGUUGUUGAAACAAGAGGACCUCUCUGUUCAGUGAGAAGUGAAAAGAGGUAUUCAAAAGGAAAAGCUGACACAGAGAAGGUGGUGGGACUCCGAUUUGAAAAGGACGGUACAAGAGGACACCAGUUGGAGCCUGAUCUGUCAGAAGAAGUGUCUGCCCGGCUUCGCCUGGGAAGUGGAAGCAAUGGCCUACUCAGAAGGAAAAUAUCAGUGCUUGAGGCAAAGGAAAAGAACUUCCCAAGCAAAGAGAAGGACAGAAGAACAGAAGAUCUCUUUGAACUUACAGAGCAUCGUCUAAUUCAGGACAUGGAAAAGGAAAUCAGUAAUGCCCUGGGCCAUGGUCCUCCAGAUGAGAUUUUGAGCAGCGCUUUCAAGUUACGAAUCACCCGUGGAGAUAUCCAGACCUUAAAGAACUAUCACUGGCUCAAUGAUGAGGUCAUUAAUUUUUAUAUGAAUCUUUUAGUGGAGAGGAGUAAAAAGCAAGGCUACCCAGCACUUCAUGCACUCAGUACAUUCUUCUAUCCUAAAUUAAAGUCUGGAGGUUACCAAGCAGUGAAAAGAUGGACCAAAGGGGUGAAUCUCUUCGAUCAAGAACUUGUUCUGGUUCCUAUUCAUCGGAAGGUACAUUGGAGCCUGGUGGUGAUGGACCUAAGAAAAAAGUGUCUUAAAUAUCUGGAUUCUAUGGGACAAAAAGGCCACAGGAUCUGUGAGAUUCUUCUUCAGUAUUUACAGGACGAAAGCAAGACCAAAAGAAAUACAGAUCUCAAUCUCUUAGAGUGGACCCACUACAGCAUGAAGCCACAUGAGAUUCCUCAACAGUUGAAUGGGAGUGAUUGUGGAAUGUUUACUUGUAAAUACGCAGAUUAUAUUUCUAGGGACAAACCUAUCACAUUCACUCAGCACCAGAUGCCUCUCUUCCGGAAGAAGAUGGUGUGGGAAAUCCUUCACCAGCAGUUGCUGUGACAAUGCCCCGCCUGGUCUUCUAGUUGCUGGUGGUUCUUUCAUGGAUGUUUCCAUAUACCUCAUGCAUUGUGGGUUGAAAAGUCCCCAUCAUUUCUCUUCUCUCACAGGUACUGAGCUCUCCAGAGUGCAUGGAGGCCUCUCUACAGUGGCCCUGACGAGAGGUGUGGAGGGGCUGCUUGCAGCCCUGUUUGUAAGGCUGUGCCUGCUCAGAGCCCUGGACUGUUCGCCCCAUACAAGGACACAUACUAAUUAAUGUUUUGUUUUAAGGCGUUAUUUCCAUAUGAAUGUGGGAAAUGCAGGAUUUGUUAUAUGAAUUGUUCUCUGUGUGUUCACACAUAUUCACUCACUCAUUUGCAAACACUGGGCAGUGCCCUUUCCCACUGCUCUUUUAUAAUUAGCUAUAAAUAAUUUGUUUGGACUAUUUAUUUCUGAAAAGAAUGUUAAUCAAACUGCCACUCCCUGCUGCAGAGAUGUCCGCAGGGGGAGGGAGGUGUUCGCCAGCUUCUCUAGUGCCGGGAACUGAACGCACAGUUAAGGUUCUCGUUUAAGGCUUGGAAAUGCCAGAAGAAAUGAUGAUGCUCUGUUGUAGGGGUCUGGCUGCCUUUAGAGAGCCUGAUGCUAUGACACGGGCACAGUUCAUGGAAAGUGGCCAAGGAACGUGGUCCGUGAGUCCUCACAGCAGGGCACACUCAUCUUCAAGACUUUCUUCUCUAGAACUGAAGUAGCUUGGCUUCCUCAUGAAACUGGAUUCAAAGUAACUGUGACCAUAAAUGUCAAACCCGAGGUUGGUGAGCCUGCGCUCACAGUGGUAAGGGCUGGCCUGAGCUGUAUUUCAGGAGAUGCUCCUCAAUUUAAGCCUAUUUUUCCUCAGAGUUUUUUUAAAUAUAUAUGAAGCUGAAUUAAGUCUGGCUCAGCAGCAUGCUCUACUCCAGCCCCACUGAGCCUUCGCAGAGAUUCGUGCUCGGCUCUGAGGUUGCCGGGUUUACAGUCAUCUAUUUUGCAUAUGAAAGUUUGUAUUUAACUCUUUUGUUCAUUAAAAAUCUUACAGAUGUGGUUAUGCAUUUUUAAUUUCAGAAAGUUGGUCAGAGCAUAUUUUGCAAGAUCUAGUGCCUAGUGUUGCUUUUAUGAUGUAAUAAAAGACUGUCUGGCAGAA